CGCGUGAGUUUGUCAGAGCAGCCAGGAGAGCGCUUGCUGACCUCCAAGAGGUGGGACGGGAACCGAGCGCUGCCUGCAGCAGCCACACAGCCCAGCCAAAUGGACACAACAGUACUCUCCCGCGCGCUCCUGCUCCUCCUCUUCUUGCACCUGUCGCCACAGGGGGCUCGUUCGUACCCGCUGGGCGACUCACCCGAGAGCGCUGAGAAAUUUUCUGGAUUACAGGCCCUACUGGAGCAGAUCCUGAUGCAGCUUUCCCAGCUGGAGAUAGAGCAACUGGCUACCGAGUCCACCCAGCAAUCUGAAAGCACCACACAGGAGACCCGGCAGACCCAGGAGACUCAGGAGACCCAGGGGACCCAGGAGACCACCCCAGCCCCAAGACUGAGACAGAGCCAAGACGGGACCACCCAGACCCUGAACAAGUCCUACAGCACCCAGAUGAAGCAGAAAUUGGGUUGCUUUGGGCAGAGGGUAGACCGGAUCGGCUCCUCUGGCAGCCUGGGCUGUGAUGGGUUUCGGAGGUCCUAGGAGGUGCGCUGGUCACAAGAGCCGAGGUUCUGAAGCUCCAAGAAGGGUACCCUACAACCCCAGUCCAUGACCUCUUCAGAGCGGCUCCUAUUUAUUUAUUUAUGUAUUUAUUUAUUUUUAAUUGAUUAUUUUUUAAAAUCUGAUUUCUUAACCUUUGAGCAUGACAUUUCCACUAUGAAAUAAAAUCAAUGUGAUCUUUC